AUGGAUGCAUCGAGCAUCAAAUCCAUUGCUAGAAAAGCUGUGAAAGGCUUAGCACCCGACGGUUUUGUUAGAUAUGGAACAAGUUGCGAUAUUCUAGUCGAAGACAAAGGAAUGACGACCCUUGUUGUAGGCUUGCUUCUACAGAGACAACAAUCAGAAGACAUCGAAUACCCCAUUCCGAGGUAUAUGGUGCGAGUGGCAAAAUCAAUCGGUGCCAUCCUCAAACUAGAAGAAUUACACCUAGAUGGCGAGGAACUGUCCAGCAUCGUCCGAAAUGCUGGGCUUGGGACUCUCAAAGAUCAUUCGCCGAUCAACGCCGGUGCUUUCAGCGUCACAUAUAAAGUGUCCGUGGAAGAGACCAUUCCCAAGAGUUAUAUCAUUCAAUUGAGAUGGCGCGGAAAUCUUGACUCGAUAUACACCCUUACAACGUGGCUUUCAGCUAAUUGCAGGGACAGUGUUCCCGUACCAGACUCUCAUCGAAUCCAGUUUCGUUCGAGUCACGGCUUUUUGAUUCAGACAUCGUCAUACAUUGAUGGAAUUGCGGCAAACGAAGUCUACCCUACAUUGCCCACACCCCAGAAGGUCACGCUUGUGAGGCAGAUUGCUCGAGCUUUCAAAGCAUUAUGGAAGAUUGACGUUACUGGGUCUAGAGAGGUUGCAAUCGGGGAAGCCAUAGCGGCAGUGACAACCAAGAACUUGACCAUAUCCGUUGGCCCGCAUCGAAUGCACGAUCUUGGCGGUCCAUUUGAUUCUGCUAAGUCCUACAUUCGGGCAUGGUUGCAUCACUGCCUAGAGGCGUACCUAAGAAGGUGCAAUGACAAUGACAAUUUUGUUCGAGGAUUCGUUGAGAGCAAACUCGAUGCAAGUCCAGCUGACAUCGACACCAUUCCGAUCGUACUAGUACACACUGAUAUGGGCUUGCAUAAUAUGAUAGUGUCAAAUGAACCCAUUGAUAUUAUUCUGAAAAGUAUCAUUGAUUGGGAGUCCGUUCAUUGUCUUCCUUUCUUGGUGACCGUUCCAUUGCUGGUAGAAUCGCUCUUUGUUCGACGUCCUAGAUGUUUCGACAGUAUUGAAUAUCCGGAUGCAAGAAUGCUACGGAAGGCGUUCUGGAUGGAGGUUGGAGAGGAAUUCAAAUUGAGAUUUCAAUCGUUGGCUGCGUGUAGUUUCUUGCGAUACUAUUGCUUUGGUCUUUUCCUGGCCAAAUAUGUGUCUUUUCAUUGCAUUCCUCGUCAGGAGUCAGAUGUGAAAUUCUUAUGGAAGACAAGUGGAGUUAUUGUCGAACGCUUUAUAGAAAUGUAA